AAUAGCCAUAUCUGAGCAAAGCUGCACAAACAGUACAGCUGAACUUUUGGAUUCAUUCAAUCCUGAGUGUAAAAACUAUAGAACUGACAAUCCGUGUGAGAAUAUAUUCCUUUUAAAACUCAACGUAUCAGCAUGGCUGUUCAUGAAAAUCCAGCUGUUUCUCUGUCUCAGGGUAUUCGUAUGAUGUUUUAUGUUAUGACGCCGAAUGAAACUGCAUUCAGAAACGAGGAAGAGGUUCCAGACUAUGUCCAGCAGGCUACCCCUUUGUUUAUUGGAAUGUUGGUCCUUGAGUUCUUACUGAGCUGGGUUAAGAAUGGGCGGGCUGCCAUCAGGGUUAAUGAUGGAAUCACUUCACUUUCCGCAGGCGUCCUAUCCAGACUUCCAGGAGUCUUAGCAAAGAGUGUGGAGCUGUCUACAUACAUCUAUGUUUGGAACAACUACAGAUUACUGGAGCUUCCCUGGGACUCCCCUUGGACUUGGUGGCUGACCUUCCUUGGAGUGGACUUUGGAUAUUACUGGGUUCAUCGUUUGUCCCACGAAGUGAAUAUAAUGUGGGCCGCUCACCAGGUACAUCACAGUUCAGAAGAUUAUAAUUUAACCACUGCCCUGAGACAGUCAUUAACGCAGCAGUAUGCAUCAUGGCUGUUCUACCUACCAAUGGCAUUGUUGGUGCCUCCAUCUGUGUUUGCUGUUCAUUUACAGUUCAACCUGCUCUACCAAUUCUGGAUUCACACUGAGCUUGUUAGUAACCUUGGCCCUGUGGAACUGGUGAUGAACACUCCAAGUCACCACAGAGUUCAUCACGGUAGAAACUCCUACUGUAUUGACAAAAAUUAUGCAGGGACUCUAAUUAUAUGGGAUAGGAUUUUUGGCACAUUUGCACCAGAGAGAGAGAAAGUUAUUUAUGGCCUAACUCAUCCAAUCAACACAUUUGAAGUCCUUUGGGUGCAGUUUCAGCACUACGUCCAUAUUUGGAACACUCUUUGGGAUACCCCUGGCAUCACAAACAAGCUGUCUGUUAUUUUCAAAGGCCCCGGCUGGGGACCAGGCAAACCAAGACUGGGGCUGCCUGAAGAAUUGCCUGAGAUCACUGGAAAGGAGGUCCCACAUAACCCAUCAAUACCAGUAGCACUGCAAGCCUAUGUUAUGUUGCAGUUCCUGUUGAUGCUUGGCAUUUACCAUGAGAUGUUUGCUACCAAGGCUAUAUUAUCACAGAUAACACUGCUCCUGAGGAUUGGCUACAUUACACUGACGCUGACAUGCUUCGGAUUCCUGAUAGACCAAAGACCUGAUGCUGCUAUCUGGGAAUCAAUUCGGUGUCUUACAUUUCUUGCAUUCCAUCGAUUUGGCUAUGUGAAAAUGGUCUUCGCUUCCUUAGCCAUACCCACUGAGAUGUUGUUUUUACUCUGCACUGUGUACUGGGGGAGUUUGAGCAGACAAGCAGUGGCAAAGGCAAAACACCACUAGAAGACAUAUUUCCAACUCAGUGUGGACCAAGGGCAUGCUUCUAAUAUCAAAUGCUAUUGGCAACAUUCCUUAAAUAUAUUACAAAAAAAAAAAUGUUUCUCACAUGUGUAUACUGUAAAUGCCUGUUAGACACACAAUUAUUAGAAUUACAGUAUAGUAGUUUAAAUUUGAUAAAGCCUGAUACCAACAUUAAUUCAGUGCUGUAUGUUCCUGAACUAAUGCAAUAUAUGUGGAAUACAAAUGAUGUAGUUAGUAGGUUAAUUGGUUACUAAGCAUUCAACAACUACUGUAGUCUAGUGCAAUCUAACAUAAUUAUAUUGUAAAUCUUAAUGUUAUAUAUAGUUUCAAUCUUAUAUCCUCAUAUUACUGUUAUUAUUUUCUGAAUGCCUUUUAUCAACUGUCUUCUUCGUGUGAAUGUAAAACCUCUGAAAGGUUUGACAGGUUCAGAUAUGUGCCGGAAAUUAAUAAAAAGUAAAGUAAUUCACGGAAUUUGUUAUUUCAUUCUGAAAUAUUGGAAACAGAAUGUACCUAAUACCACAGGGGUCCUGUAUGAAAUUUUGAUGAAGGAACCAGCUUUGAAAACAGUCUCUCCAUAAAUCAUUGCUUAAAAUGAAAGACAGUUGUUGAACCACAAAAACAAGUUACCUAAUAUUAUAAAAAUAAUCAGACUACUAUAGUAUUUGUUCAAAUCAUAAUAAUAAAUCCAGAAAUACUUUAUUUGCAGUUAAAUUACAUUUAUUAAUGAUUACCGUGCCCUAUGUAUUUUUGAUUGAUCAUAUAAUAAUAAUAAUAAUAAUAAUAAUAAUAAUUUGUUCUCAUUAUCAUUUGUAGGGAAGAGUAGAGUAGAAGUCAUAACCUCACAUGCAGAAUUAGUGCAACGUUUAAGUCAAAAGUUAAAAAUCGAAUUAAAAUGGCAAUAUUCUCACAUAUCUCCACUUUAAAAUAAUGUUCAAAAAUAUAAUAUAAUAAUAGGAGUGUCAGGCUCUUUGCAGGGUGGCCUCUGCACCCGAUCUUCCUGCUGUGGUUAUUCGCAAAACUAUCCCUACAGCGAAACCAACACAUGUUGUCCUAUCCUUUCCUUGGGAUUCAAUUAAAAGAUUAGGGAGCAGAUUCCUGCUGGUUCUACAUGAUGCUUGUAUACCAAAUCGUUUAAAACAGCAACACCCUGUGUUGCAUUUAACAUGUUUGUCCAACCUUCAUUUUGCACAUUUAAAAGACUAUAAAUUUACAUUGAGUGGAAAAUAUUUUAUAUUAUUCCUUGAUUCAGAUCAUGGCCAUUUUUCUCUUUUACUCCUUGGAUUGACAUUCCAGUCAUCUUUAUCAGAGUUUCUGUUAGUUUUGUUUUUUUGAUUCUGUAUUAAAAGAUAACUGUGUCAUUAUUAAAAUUUCAUCCUAAAGUAAAUCUACAGUUUGUUUCUGCUUAUGAAUUACAAUUCUACAUCUAAUGACUUUCCUCAACAAAUAAUGUGAAAAGAGCUAGCUCUUAAAUUGAAACUGUUCUUUACCUGUGCUAAAGAUGUAAAACUAUCAAGGUUAGGCUAGUUUAACUGAUUAAUCUGGUAAAUGCUGAUUGUGUUUA